CCACGCCCACGCCCACGAGUGCACACUGAUACAAUGGUGAGUAACCAAAAGACGCCGGAAGUGAAGGUUUCCUCGGUGGAGAGUGGGAGGAUGAUGAGUGGGCCUCUCGUGGAGACGAGGUCGUCUCAAAGGAAGGGUUCGGUGGUGCUCUGGAGGUCCGACCUGGGGCACCUUGUUCUCAGGCUGCUGUGCAUGUUGACCUCGGUGGCUGCCCUGUCGUUCAUGGUCACGGCCAAGGAGGCCAGUACCGUCUCUAUCUAUGGCUUCCAACUCCCCAUUUACUCCAAGUGGUCUUUCUCUCACUCCUUCGAGUAUGUAGUUGUAAUUUCGGCAGCUGUUGCAGCUCACUCCUUGCUGCAGCUACUCAUUAGCGCGUCAAGCCUGCUGAGGAAGUCACCAGUGAUACUCUCAAGAAACCAUGCAUGGCUUAUUUUUGCUGCGGAUCAGGCAUUUGCGUAUGCCAUAGUGAGUGCUGCAUCAGCUGCAACAGGGGUGACCAACUUGAAUCGCACAGGAAUCCGACAUACGGCUUUACCAAACUUCUGUAAGCCUUUGCAUAGCUUCUGUGACCAUGUCGCCAUCUCAAUAGCCUUCACUUUCUUCAGCUGCAUCUUGCUUGCCGCAUCUGCUGUCCAGGAUGUAAUUUGGCUGUCCAAUAACUGAAUCACCUCGAUUAUCCACACACUCGAGCGAUGUUGUUAUGCAUCCUCUAUAAAAUAUAUGGCUUCUAGAAAAUAGUGUCUACAUCAUUGUUACUUCAAAAUGAUCAAUAUUUUCGUACUUGAAAACUAUAUGUUGUAGUCGAGGGCACACUUGGUGCUCUUUGUGAGGAAGGAUGGGGAUGAAUAGUGUCUACAUCAUGCCAAAAGGUUUGUGAUGAUGAAACUGGCCGUAUGGCAUGGGAUGAAUAAUCCAGUUUGUGAAAGCUUUAAUUU